CGUCAGCACUUCCACAACAACAAGAAGCUGAAAAACAAGGAAGUGGAGGAAUCGCGAAGCAGCAGCAAAUCUGAUCUAAAGGCCGCGACUCGAUACGCACAGUGUCCCCGUGUUGAAAGCAGACAUCUCCCGCAGCCGCCGCACCGCUCCCGCCGCCAUGAACAACAAAGGUUCCUAUCCACAGCAGGCAGUGUAUCCUCAGCAGAGCACUGCCCCUGUAUACCCUCCUGCUAUGCAAAUGUCCCCUCAGGCACCUCCCUACACAGACACACCACCUGCAUAUUCUGAGAUAUACCAGCCCAGAUAUGUGCUUCCACCUCAGGUGCCUGGUCAGAUGCAGCAGAUGUCCUCUCACUACCCUGGUGCUCAGAUGUUUAUGCCCAUGCAGCCACAGAUGGCUGUAGGGCAGAUGGGUCAGAAUGUCCCCAUGGCUUACUAUCCCAUGGGAGCUAUGUACCCCCAUGGUUCAACAGUGAUGGUGGACAGUGGUUUUGACGCUGGUGCUCGCUUCACACAGGGCAGCAACGUUUCCAUCCCACCCCCACCUCCUGGACAUCCCCCCAACGCAGCUCAGCUGGCUGCCAUGCAGGGUGCCAAUGUUGUAAUGUCACAGCGCAAGAGUAACUUCUUCCUGGGCGGAUCCACUGGAGGUUAUACCAUCUGGUAACAGCAACUCCUCAACUCCUCCAUCAUGCCUAAACCGUGUCCCUCGUCCCAAACUGAUGCCCCAGUUUUACCCACAUCCCAUACGCCUCCCUCUUCAGGCUGCUUGGCCGUGCCACAAUACUGAUAUCACCUAAUGGAAUGUAAUAUUUUAGAGCCCUUGUGAAAGGUACAGUACUCCACUUGUGACAUAGAGAUGAAAAGAUAAAUGCCACCGCCUGGAGUGAUUAGAUAAAAAAAAAUUUAAAUGUUGUAGAAUUCAUGCCACAAUUCUUUAUUGGCUUAAUCCAGAUUGAAUUUCCAGGCGUUUGUUGAACGGACCAGGUCUCCUUUUGAUCGAAUGGAUCACAAAUUACAAUUAAUAUGUACUUGUAUACCUGUAAAGCUACGUAAAUGAAAUGUUGAAAUAUCAGCCCUGCAUUAUUUAGUUUAGCUGCUUUAUGGUGAAAGUGAAACGCAGUUACAAAGUUGCAGUUGAAGCGCAAAAAAAAAGAAAUACUCCACAUGUCUUUUUUGAAUACUUUUAGUGUAGUUAAAUUAAUAGAUGUGUAAAAGUUCCAUGUAAAUACCAGUAUAACCAUGAUCAAGAGAAAUGACAUCUCAACAAAAAAAAAAAAAUCUGCAUCUUGGGUGCUUUUAGUUAGAAUUGUCUUGUCUUUUGCACAGUAUCUAAAAUACCACAGCCAAUCUGUUGCACAGUGAACUGCCCACCUGACAGAUUGCUACAUCUCAAUCACGUGUAAAUGAAAUUGAUUUGACGUCAGCGAAUAAUUCCAGAAAAAGAUUCCAUGUAACAUCCAAAGUGAAUUACUGUACCUUGUUGGGCGACUUGUAGAUGAACAUAGUCAAAGUGCCAAAGAGCACUGGGGAUAGCCCUCAUUUAAAGCAAAUUAACUUCAGUACACUUAAAGGAAAGAAAUUUAAAGUAAAUCCAAAUAGUAGGUGGAACGGGAAGGGGUGGUUGGUGUAACAUUUUAGCUUUUUUUGUGUGUCCUGUUUCUAUUUCACAGUCGGAUACCCAGAGUUUAUACACUAAAUGUUUAUUGUGCCGGUUUGGAGACCUACCCUCUUGUUUCUCCUCCACGAAGUAUAAUUUGGUGCCAUUUAAUAAACUUUUCCACCGUAGAACAACGUCACCUUUGUGAUCGCAUUUGUUUCUAGUCGACAUUUUUCUAAGGUUGAGGAGACUUAAAUAUUUCCGUGUUUUGCGUUUCUUCCUUCAUGACUUUUCCACGUUCGAGUGAUUUUUACAUGAGUAGUUAGGGUUUAAAAGGAUCACGAGUAUGACCGAUGAGCUGGUUGUACCAAGGAUUUGGUCGACAAUGCACUUAACGUUUGGUUGUGACUUUCAGGAAACGUCACAAUUUAAAAGCAAACAUAUCAUUGAUCUAAGCAGUGAGCAGAUUGUUGGCACCUAGAACCGUCGGUCGUCACAAGACUGCAAUCAUUAGUGUGUUAAUGUCACUUUGUGUAAGUCAGUCGCAUCUUUUAAGUUGUUGCAUACUUUUGCACCUUUUGCUGUGAACAAAUUUGAUUAAAUACUUUUUACCUGAGAUGCACUGCUAAGCAGAUCGGAGAGGUUGCAGACAUGAGGCUACUCUGUCUUUUUUUGAAUUCCUGGUUUCAUGUCCCUUUUUAAAGAAAGCUGUGAGAUUUUCCUUCAUCGAGUCUAUUCCAUUUCUUUCUUAAUGUCCAGACGUGUCGUGUUGUUCAGUAAAUUGAAAGUGUACGCGAACCCUUUUUCGCGACAAGGCUUUUGCCACGGUCGGCAUAAAAUCAUUCCCAUGACAUAAUUGUGUAUUGCUAAUUAAAAACCUUCUUUAGAAUGUUUACGUAAUUCCCUAUCAUACAAAACUUUAACUAUAUGGAGUUAGCUCAGUCUGUAUGGAUACCAUCAACUGAUGUUUGUAGAUAUUCAUUUCGAUGUCUGGUUGUGUCACUGGGUAUCCGACAUACCGUGUCAGGUUUUAACAGCUGUGGCCUCCAGUAACACAAACACUCGCUGUUGACCAACAUUUAGCGAUUUCAGUGUUAUUGAAGAUCAGUGCGACCAGCUGUCUAAAAAUUCAUCCACUGACCGUCCCGUCUGGGCAGCCCACACACGAAGCUGCUGCCUCGCAUGUGACCGACGUGUCACUCAAAGUGUUUCAGAAACUGUCUCCGUGUGUAUGAACUCUCGUUUCACACACAGCUUUGUUGAGGACGAGGCCACAGCUCUCAAAACUUCACACACAAAAAAACAUGAUUCAAACAAAUGUUUUCUCGUUUUCCAUCUCUGCUCUGAUUGUUUGCUAAGCAGCAUACUGGUGGCUUUUGUCCCAGCAAUAUGAAGUACUGUAAACUACAGCUGACCAGUCGAUGCUAUGCCAACCACAGCCAGCAAAUGGAUCACUCCCUGUUGAAGGAUUAUGGACAUUUAUAGUUCAGGGAUUCUCUUGACAAUAUUUUGUACUAAAGUGAUGUGAUGGACUUUGGUACACAUUCUAUCUUUUAAGAUUACUAAAGGAGAUGAGUGUCACUACAGUUUGCUGAGACGCGUCAAAGAUGGAAUACUUUGAAAAAAGAAAAAAAAAGAUCUUAGGUGCACUUAACUUUUUUAUACUAAACUUAAAAUUUAAAAUGUAAGUUUAGAAUAAAGGUUAUUUUGGAAAUUUGAAA